AUGGCUGAAGAUCGUAUACAGCAUCGAAAACGAGUCUCACAUCGUUCGUAUGUUCUUGAUACAAAUGCAGGUGGUGACAUGAGAAAUUAUUUAUAUCCUGUCUUUAAUAAUGAUAAUGAACCACAACAACAACGGAUGGCCUAUGCUCGUAAAAGACCUGAUAGUUUAAUUUGUAGUAUUUGUUCAGGACCAGCACACGGUUACAAUUUUGAUGCUAUCACAUGUGAAUCAUGUAAAGCAUUUUUCCGACGAAAUGCAUUAAAAUCUAACGGAGAAUUGAAAUGUCGACUGAAUAAUGGUCGAUGUGUAAUUACAGUUUCAACAAGAAAGCGAUGUAAAGCUUGUCGAUUGGCAAAAUGUUUGGAACAAGGUAUGAGAGCUGAUUGGAUAUUAACUGACGAAGAACGUUUAAAUAAACGAAAAAAAAUUGAAGAAAACCGUCGACUUCGUCAAAUGCUUUAUCCAGAUUCGCCAGAAACAGAUGAAACACAAAUUAUAAAAACAAAAGCCGAAUCAUAUGAUAAUGAUGAUGAUGAUGAUGACGAUGAUGAUUAUGAUUAUGAAGAUCAUGAUAACGAUAUUAUUACAUUAUCAUUUAUAACACCAGUAAGAUCAUUAUUAUCAUCGGAAGAUUUAAUUAGAAUUCAGAAAAUUCAACAAGCAUAUGAUGAUUCUGUUCGUUUAAUAUCAUUACCACCUGAUAUUCCAUCAUAUCCACAAUCAGUACGAAUAACACAAAUAUCAGAUAUGAUUAAUUUUCCAACAAACAUUCUAGCAACCCGUCUUAUAACCUAUUUUAAACUUUUGCCUGAAUUUUCAUCUUUAAAUGAAUAUGAUAAAUUAAUAUUAAUUAAAUACAAUACAUUUCCAUUAGUAUUUAUUCGUUCAGCAUUAAAUUAUGAUCCAUUAACCGAUAAUUAUCAUGAACCUAAUACAGAUGAUUGUGUUUUUUCAGGUCGUGAUUUAAUUCAAUGUUUUAGUUUACAUCAAUAUGAACAAUCAACACAUUGUGUACGAAAUUUAGUAAAUGCUUCAUUAAAUGAUCGAUUUUUAUUAGAAGUAUUAUUAAUUAUUAUGCUGUUUUCCAAAGGUUCAUCAAUAUGUGCAUUUGCAGAUGAAGUAGAACCAAUAGCACAAGAUAUUUUAACAAUAUAUAAAACACAAAAUGUAUUUAUUGGAUUAUUAUGGAAAUAUUGUGAAAAUAAAUUUGGAUCUUUUACGACAACAAAAAUUUGGUUAAAACUUACAGUCUUAUCAAUGGAUGCACAUUUACAAGCAUAUAAGAUACGGCAUGACUACGUUAAAGCUGAUUCUAUUACUGACCAAAUUUCGCCACUGAUGAAAUCCGUUAUGUUAAUUAUUUAG